AUGUCCCGUCGACGACAUGAAAAUUUUCGUGAAUUGUUAAGCAAACGUGAAGGCUUCACUGUAUCUCAAGUUAGUUUUCAGAACGAAGUCUUAGAAGCACAUAAUUACUAUCGUGAUCUUCACUGUGCUCCACCUCUUCAGCUUGAUAAUAAGCUCAGUCGUUCGGCUCAAACCUUCGCUGAAGAACUUGCUAGUAAGAAUCAAUUCUAUCAUAGCAAUACCAAAGGUGUCGGUGAGAAUCUGUACAUGGCAUCGGGUUCAAAUGUUGAUUCAUUGACAGGUAAGUUAUCUUCAAAUCAACAGAUAUCAUCAUCAUUUAGUUAUGCUAACAUUGCAGGAGAUGCACCAGUGACGGAUUGGUACAAUGAAAUUGAACAAUACGAUUUUGAUUAUCCGGGCUUCUCAGGGGCUACGGGUCACUUUACACAAGUCGUGUGGAAAAUUUCGAAAAAUCUUGGUGUAGGUAUUGCUUAUACCAGUGAAGGCGAUUCUGUCUAUGUUGUUGCUCAAUAUACACCUCCGGGCAACUAUCAAGACCAAUUUCCAGAUAAUGUUUUUCCAGAAGGCCAAUGCUGA